AUGGAGAGCACCGCACAGACAUCCGCCGACGCGGAUGAGAAUAUGCGCCUCGCGGUAGAACGAUUUCGCACCAAGAUGGAGGCUUCUAAUCGGCAAUUUCUCCAAGACCGAAUCGAUGAGAUUGAAGCUAAGAAUCUUUCCACCGAGGAGGAGAAACUGGAGAAGAUGGACGUUUACUGGUCUAGUUUGGGAAUCAAGAGCAAUGAUCCUUGGAUGGCUACCGCUCCGCCAGAAAUCGUCCGUCAGGCUCGCGAGGAGGAAAAUGUCACCAGAUUGGCUGAUUACAGCUCGCUAUACCAUCAUCAAAUGGAUGGUGUGCGCCCGCCGAAAUUGCGGACAGAUGAGUGGCGCCAGAUGUAUUUGGACACUGUCCAAAAAGUGUGUAAUGGGGUGGCCUUUCGAGAUGAAGCGGACAACGAUUUUGAAGUCCUGCCCUGCCAUGAGCUGGCUAUCUUUCUCAAGUACGCCAGUGAGAUCGUGGAUCCAGACUUUCGCUACGCAGGCAUGGCGCAUUUUCAACCACCAGGAGCUUUAUCAAAAGAAACGUCCGAUAUCUCCAAAGAUCGAGAAGAUCUGACAGCUGAUCUGCGUCGCUAUUAUCUUUGGGAUGAAUCCUUCGUGGAAGCAUACAAACAUGAUGACCUGGAAGUGCGGGUUGGCUUCAAAACCGGGAAUGGUGUCAAGUAUAAGCUGGGCAGACAUGAUAUAUGGUACAGCAUGUAUCUCUACUGUCGACGGGACGAAGAAGACUCUGAUCAGAGCCACAAGUACUGGGCGUGGCGAGUGGUCGUUUCUCAUGCGACAAUUUGUGAUAACCCCAUGACCGUCUACGGGCAGAAACCACGGUUUGACUCAAUUGUCGAGUUUCUGGAUUGGUACAGUAGCUGGUUAGAGCAUUUAGACAUGGAUAAGAUUCGGGAAGAUGUCCAUCUAAACUGUAGUGACGAAUGGGACCCAGCUCCUCUCGAUUGGGCAGAUACAUAG